CUCAAUUGAAUGAUGUCAUGUUUCAUUUAAGGCUCUUAGUGAUGCUGAAGUCUGUGGUCUGCACACUAGGGGGAAAAAGGCAGUGAGAAAGUUGCAAAUCAGGUUUUUGUAAAGCCUUUGUGUGUAGGGUUUGGGAGAUAAAAGCUGACUCAUGCAAUAUUUCCACGGAAGGCGCUGCACAGACUAGUCAAGGCUGCUCCUGUUACCUGACUGAGGUCACUGCAUCAGCUGAAGGCAGACGAUAUGCUUGAGCCCUAGGGGAGCCCAGAUGGGCGCCAGUUGCUCCUGGAAGUGCCAUCAGCUGUAACCGAAGUCCCAGGGCCCAAGACGCAUUCCCGCCCCCAAAAGCUGAAGACCAUGGAACUCUCUGACAGCGACCGACCCAUCAGCUUUGGCUCCACGUCAUCCUCAGCCUCCUCCCGGGACAGCCAUGGCUCCUUCGGCAGCAGAAUGACCUUAGUUUCAAAUAGCCACUUGGGCUUGUUUCACCAGGAUAGGGAAGUAGGAGCAAUAAAACUGGAGCUGAUUCCAGCCCGGCCGUUCUCCAGCAGCGAGCUGUCGAGGGCCAACCCCACCGGGCCACAGGACGCGGACCAGGGUAGCGAAAGGCAGCCCAGGGCCCAGCGGAGAGUGGAUGUCAACGGAGCACCCAAGAUGGCCGCAGACUCGGCCAACAGCCCCAAGCUCCUCUAUGUGGAUAGAGUUGUUCAGGAAAUUCUGGAGACCGAAAGGACUUAUGUGCAAGAUUUAAAAAGCAUCGUAGAGGAUUACCUUGACUGCAUCAGGGACCAAACAAAACUUCCCCUGGGGACUGAAGAAAGAUCAGCCCUUUUUGGAAAUAUACAGGAUAUCUACCACUUCAAUAGUGAACUUCUGCAAGAUUUGGAAAACUGUGAAAACGACCCUGUGGCCAUAGCCGAAUGUUUUGUGUCCAAGAGUGAAGAGUUCCACAUUUAUACCCAGUAUUGCACUAACUAUCCGAGAUCCGUGGCCGUGCUGACCGAGUGCAUGAGGAACAAAGUGCUGGCCAAAUUCUUCAGGGAGCGUCAGGAGACCCUACAACACUCGCUGCCUCUGGGGUCCUAUCUUCUGAAACCAGUUCAGCGGAUUCUCAAGUACCAUCUCCUUCUGCAUGAAAUAGAAAAUCACCUUGAUAAGGACACAGAAGGCUACGAUGUGGUGCUUGAUGCUAUCGACACAAUGCAGCGGGUGGCCUGGCACAUCAAUGACAUGAAGCGGAAACAUGAGCACGCAGUCCGGUUACAGGAGAUCCAGAGUUUGCUCACUAACUGGAAGGGGCCAGACCUGACCAGCUACGGGGAACUGGUGCUGGAGGGAACCUUCCGCAUCCAGCGGGCCAAGAAUGAGCGAACCCUCUUCCUCUUCGACAAGCUGCUUCUCAUCACAAAGAAGAGAGAUGACACGUUCACGUACAAAGCUCACAUUCUGUGUGGCAACCUCAUGCUGGUGGAAGUGAUUCCGAAGGAGCCGCUCAGCUUCAGCGUCUUCCACUACAAGAACCCCAAGCUGCAACAUACAGUCCAGGCCAAGUCCCAGCAAGACAAACGCCUCUGGAUUUUGCACCUGAAGAGGCUGAUCCUAGAAAACCACGUGGCGAAGAUUCCAGCUAAGGCCAAGCAAGCAAUCCUUGAAAUGGAUGCCAUUCACCAUCCAGGCUUCUGCUACAGUCCAGAGGGAGAGACGAAAGCACUUUCUGGCUCUAAAGAAGGUUCUGCUCCACAUCGACUGAGAAGAAAAUCUGAACCUUCCUCAAGAUCACAUAAAGUUUUGAAGACCAGCGAUACAGCACAAGAUAUCCAAAAGGUUUCUAGAGAGGAAGGAUCGCCCCAGCUGACUUCAGCAGGGCCAUCUCCUUCCCAGAGAAACAGUCAGCCAGGCAGUUCUGCCAUGAUCAGCGUGCUUCGAGGGGGUGGCGCUAUCCGAAACAUCUGGACCGACCACCAGAUUAGGCACGCCUUGUUUCCUAGCCGACGGUCCCCACAGGAGAACGAGGAUGAGGAAGACGAUUAUCAGAUGUUCGUGCCCUCCUUUUCCUCCUCAGACUUGAACUCUUCCAGACUGUGUGAAGACAGCACCUCCAGUCGACCUUGUAGCUGGCACAUGGGACAGAUUGAGCCCACAGCGACCUCCAGCUCUGGCCACAGGAUUGUCAGGCGGGCCAGCAGUGCUGGUGAGAGCAACACGUGCCCUCCUGAAGGCAGAAUUCGGGACAGCGAUGGCUCUCAGUACAGCCCCCGGAGGGAGCCGCAGAGUGGCCCCAAAACAGAAGGGCAGGAAGGGAGGACUCCCUUCGGGUCAUCGAUAGAGUUGACUAUUGAUGACAUAGACCACGUCUAUGAUAACAUAAGUUACGAGGAUUUAAAGCUACUGGUGGCUACACGAGAAGGAGCUGAAUCCACUCCCCUCAAACCAGCCAGGGACGCCGUCCGCCCCAAGAGCACCCCAGAGUUCGCCUUUUCGAAGAGGCAAACUGGCCACCACCAGAACUCUGUGUAUGCACAAAAAGACGCACUCCCAGGCCACGAGGCAUCCACCCAAAGCACACAUGAACUCCAGGUGGUCGAGGAGAACAUCUAUGACACCAUAGGGUUCCCAGAACCCCCGUCACUGGAGUUCAGGUGCAGCAGCCUCAAGCGGCCAAAGAGAGGCACCUUUCUGGGUCUGGAGGCCGACUUUUCGUGCUGCGACAGUCUGAGACCAUUUGUUUCCCAAGACAGCCUCCAGCUGAGUGAGGACGAAGCGUCGUACCCCCAGGCCACCUCCCACCCUGACUAUCUGAGCCUGCUGUAUAAUUCUUCCAGCUGCAACCUGUCCAUAGCCGAUAAGCCCCUCUCUGAUAAACUGUCAGAAGAAGUAGACGAGAUCUGGAAUGACCUGGAAAAUUACAUCAAGAAAAACGAAGACAAGGCCAGAGAGCGCCUCCUGGCAGCAUUUCCCGUGAGCAAAGAUGAUGUGCCGGACAGGCUGUACGUGGAGAGCACCCCCGAAAUGAGCAAGGAGGCUGCGCGGUCCGUGUCUGUGCUGUCACUGCCUGAGAGCCAGGCCCUCCUCACCUCUGUAAAGGGCAGGGCCAUCAGGGCCAGCCAGGCCAACUGCACUUUUGAGGAAGACCUGAUUUCUAAAGAAGGCUCCUUCCGGAGUCUUAACCGGCUCUCUUUGGCCAAUGAAAUGCCUACCGUGGACGGCCCCUAUGACUUGGCCAACAGUAGUCUGGCCCAGGCAGACCCAGAAAACCCUGACCCGGGAAUGGAGGCCACAGACAAGACAAAAAGCAGGGUGUUCAUUAUGGCUCGCCAGUACAGUCAGAAGAUCAAGAAGGCCAAUCAGCUUUUAAAAGUGAAAAGCCCGGAGAUGGAGCAACCACCGGCCAGUCAGCAUCCUAAGCCCGUGCACAAAGACCUGGCAGCCAUCUUGGAAGAGAAGAAGCAAGGCGGGCCCGCCAUUGGUGCCAGGAUUGCUGAGUAUUCCCAAUUGUAUGACCAGAUUGUAUUCCGAGAGACACCCCUUAAAAUCCAGAAGGAUGACUGGCCCAGCCCUCAGGGACACUCCCUGCUCCGGUCUGCAUCACCUUCCCGGGCCCAUCAUGGUAGUGAGGAUUGGCUUCUGCAUUCAACCUAUAGUAACGGAGAGUUAGCAGACUUCUGUCCUCAGCCGGAGCCAGACUUGAGGUCAAGAUAUCCCACUUUCGAGGUCGGUACCAAAAACACCCCCAGACAGUUGUCGGCCGCGUGCUCCGUGCCUUCUCUUCAAGCCUCUGACCCUCUGCUGGGCUCCCUGCAAGGGUGCGGCGUGGUGGUAAGUCAGCCCCACAAAGAGAAUUUGUGCAAGGGCCCUCUUUACAACUCUCUGGGUCGGAAAGGGAUCAGUGCUAAAUCUCAGCCUUAUCCCAGGUCCCAGUCAUCUUCCUCCAUCUUGAUAAACAAGUCCCUGGACUCCAUCAACUACCCUAGUGAAAUGGGGAAGCCGCAGCUGCUGUCUUUACCCAAAAGUUCGAAGUGCGACAGUCACCAGGACUCGCUGCUGGGUAUCGCGGACCUGCGUCAACAGGGCACUGAAGCGCUUUCUGACCUCACACUCCAGGACUCACAGAAAGUUUUGGUAGUCAAUAGAAAUUUACCCUUGAAUGCCCAAAUAGCGACUCAGAACUAUUUUUCCAAUUUCAAAGAGACUGAGGGAGACGAAGAUGAUUAUGUGGAAAUAAAGUCAGAAGAGGACGAGUCAGACCUGGAGUUGUCUCACAGUCGCAGGAGGAAACCCGACGCCAAGGUUAUGAACACGGACUUCUCUGCUCACGUCUGCAUCAGCAACGUGUCCUGUCCUUUGGAUAGUCCAUGCACUCCAAAAAAGCCAGUCAACAGCAAACUCGGGCUAUCUCCAUAUCUCACACCCUAUAGCGAUUCUGACAAACUGAAUGACUAUCUUUGGAGAGGGCCAUCUCCCAAUCAACAAAACAUUGUCCAGUCUCUAAGGGAAAAAUUUCAGUGUCUUAGUUCGAGCAGUUUUGCUUAGGGUUCAUAAUAAUAGCUGCCUGAAUUAACUUCUUCUUAUGCUCAUAAAAGAUCAGAUACCGAUGAGGUGUUUUCUGUGGACCAGACUAAACAGUUUUGUAA